AUGUACCAACACACGGAUACCCAACCCCUCCCGCCUCGCCCGGUGUACGAAGAUCAUCACAGCAACAAGUGCGGCCUGCAACAACCCAUCACGACAGCGCCACACUGCCAAGCACGUUACAUCCCGUUGACCCCGGAGGCUCGGUUGGGAAGGUAUCUCGAAGGCAAGCUCCAGCUGACGACCAUCCUGGGUACUGGCGCCUACGGCGUGGUCUACUCGGCCGUCGAUGUCAAAACGGGCAUCAAGUACGCCGUUAAGUGCCUCAGCAAGUUCAACCAGGACGGAACUCCCUUGGACAGGCGACAGGUUGCGUUUCAGAACCGGGAGAUCCGCCUCCACUACCUCGCCUCAGCACACCCCAACGUCGUCUCCAUGCUGAAGAUUGUCGACGACCCAGACUGCAUCUAUGUGAUCUUGGACUACUGCCCGGAAGGAGACCUGUUUUAUAACAUUACAGAGCGCGGCCAAUACGUUGGAAAGGAUGCACUCGCCAAGAGCGUAUUCCUGCAAAUCUUGGAUGCCGUCGAGCACUGCCACGCUCUUGGAAUCUACCACCGGGACCUGAAGCCUGAGAACAUUCUUGUGUCGAACCAUGGAGAGACCGUGAAGCUCGCAGAUUUCGGCCUGGCGACCGCCUCGGAGCGAUCCGAAGAUUAUGGCUGCGGUUCGACCUUCUACAUGAGCCCAGAAUGCCUGGACCACUCUGCCCGGAGACCCUACUACUUCUGCGCCCCCAAUGAUGUCUGGAGCCUUGGCGUGAUUCUGGUCAACCUGACCUGUGGACGCAACCCAUGGAAACAGGCCUCCUUUGAGGAUUCCACCUACCGGGCCUUCACCCGUAACCAGGAGUUCCUCAAGUCCAUCUUGCCCGUUUCGGACGACCUGAACGACAUCCUUGGAAGGAUUUUCACCCGCGAGCCAGAGCAGAGGAUCACCGUCACCGAGCUGCGCGCCCGGAUUCAGGCCUGCUCGGUCUUGACCAUUCCCGCCGUCGCCCCUGUGACUCUGCACGUCCCCGAGGUUUCCCCCGUGGCCACGCCAGAGUUCAUCCACCACCCCAUUGAAUACGUUGAUUGUGAGGAGGCCAUCGUCAUGGAUGACGAUUACGACAUGACCCUCUCCCCCGCCUCUUCUUCCUCUGACGAGGGAUCCAUCUGCUCUGACGAUGACGGUUCGCUCACCUCGAGCGGCUCAACCAUCGAUGACCUGGACGAAGACUUCUUGCAAGAGCAGCAGCAGCAGCAGCAACAACCGGAGACGCACGAGUGCCCAGCGCCCCAUGCGUACGAACCAGAAGAGCCCCCAGCGCCGUCCUUCUUCCCCACACAGGAGUUUGUGCCUCAACACUACACCGGUCCCAUGCCCCACGUCUCCAUGCCCCAGGUCCCGAUGCCCGUCCAUGCACACCAGAUCCAGUACCAGGCAGCAUGUGCGGCACCGCCUCCCAAGCCCUACUUCCCUUUUUGGUGGGAGAUGGUCAAGUAUGUGCAGCAGGCGCCAGCGAUCCACCCGCACGUGCCUUUCCACCACCAGGUUCCUCUCUUUGCUCCUCAGGGAUGCUAUUAG